UCCUUGAUUCCGUUUAGGCAAAUGUUACAAUCGACUUUGCUUCCUAGCAGUGCCCUAGGAUGGCACAGGGACCUAUUGGUGCUGCUGCUGAUAGUGGAUCUCAUGACAAACUACAAUGCACACUGCUGGCUCCCACUUGCAUGAAGGCUGCAGUCACUGGAUUACAGCAGCGUUGGGUUUCUGUGCUACUUUUGCCGCAGUGCAAAGCCCAGGGAUUUCUUGUGUAGCUUCCAAACCCCUCACUGUCUCGCUGAUGUCUUAGCCCAUAACCUUUUCUCUGUCCGGGAAAAGGGCUGGAAGAAACAGACGAAAAUGAGAGCGUCAAACGAAAGAUUUCAGUGACGAUGCCCCAGACUGACAGGAGUGAAGCUGAGCUGCCAGGGGCUGUUUGGGGCCGGUCCGUGCAAGCAACGUGCAGACAAUGGCUGCCAGGGACACGGGCAUUUAGCGGGCAGCUGACUAUACACUCGCUGGGCUGUUUGUCAAAGUAGAUAUUAGGAAUAACUUUGCUUUUUGAGACGCUGGAAGCACAGAAGGAAAGCUCCCGUAAAGCCGUAUCCAGAAGGUUUGCUAUGGGCGUGCCUAGGUUUUGUCCAAUGACAAGGCCAUAGCUUAUUGCAACUGAGCCAAUCAACAGACAGAAAAGGUUGUAUAUAAGGAGAAGUGGAGUUGAGCGAGAGUUGUGUUUUAUCAUUUCCGGAAAAAAGAUAGACCGAGAAUCUGCCAUGGCUGAAGCCGCCGAAUCCGCGCCCGCUCCUCCCCCGGCUGAGCCCGCGGCCAAGAAAAAGAAGCAGCAGCCCAAGAAAGCAGCGGGGGCCGCUAAGUCCGCCAAGAAGCCGUCGUCUGGGCCCAGUGUGUCCGAGCAGAUCGUCACAGCCGUGUCCGCUUCCAAGGAGCGCAGCGGGGUGUCUCUGGCAGCGCUCAAGAAGACUCUGGCUGCGGGAGGCUACGAUGUGGACAAGAACAACAGCCGCCUCAAGCUGGCUCUCAAGGCUCUGGUCACGAAGGAGACCCUGCUCCAAGUCAAAGGCAGUGGAGCCUCCGGUUCCUUCAAGCUCAACAAGAAGCAGCUGCAGAGCAAGGACAAGGCCGCCGCCAAGAAGAAGGCGCCGCUAGCAGCGGCCAAAGCCAAGAAACCAGCGGCAGCAGCCAAGAAGGCGCCAAAGUCUCCGAAAAAGCCCAAGAAAGUCUCCGCAGCCGCCAAGAGCCCGAAGAAGCUCAAGAAACCCGCAAAGGCGGCGCUAGCAGCAAAGAGCCCGAAAAAAAACAAAGCUGCCAAGCCCAAGAAGGCCACCAAGAGCCCCGCAAAAAAGACCGCCGUCAAGCCCAAAGCUGCUGCUGCCAAAAGCCCAGCAAAGGCCAAAGCGGCCAAAGCCAAAGUGGUCAAAACCAAGAAAGCCGCCCCCAAGAAGAAAUGAGCGAGCGAGCGAGCGAACCACUGCCCAAUUCAACCAAAGGCUCUUUUAAGAGCCACCA